AUGAAGUUCUCCACCAUCUUCACCAUCAUCUCCGCCGUGGUCUCUACCGCCACGGCCGGUCCCAUCUUCUCCAAGCGCGGCCUCGGAGGCGUCACCAUCUGCACCGGCGCCAACCACACGGGAACCUGCGACUAUCAGGUCUACACCCUCAACGGCACCUGCCACCAGCUCCCCGAGCCCUACGCCGGCAACGUCAAGACCUUCGCCCCCGACGACGCAGCCUUCCAGUGCUACCCUCGCACCUACAACUGCGGCGGCAAUUGCACCAGCCCCACAGGCUGCACCUUUGGCGCCGUCGACUACGGCUACGCCAACAAGAACGACCUGAGCGUCAUCAACUGGGAUCACCUCUUCCGCAGCUUCGACUGCGUCGCCAAGAGAUAG